UUAUGUGGCCCCAUGUACCCAUAAUCUUAAAUUUAUUGAAGUGUGGUGGCCCUUCUGUAGGCAGGAGGUAGCCUCGUACCUACUCUCCUUUUGCAAGCAGUUGGGGUUUGCUGCAGGAAAAAGCUUUCCCUUUCUAUUUAUUUAUUGUUAUUGCAUAUAGAUGUAUAGGAUUGAGAAUAGGGAGGGUGGGAGGAGGAGGAGGAUGCUGAGCGUUGGCCCUUGUUGCUGCUGCACAGUGCCAUUCCUGCACCCAUUUCUGUCCUAAUCCUCCCUGUUUUCUGCACUGUUUGUAAGUUGUGCAAUGCUUGCAGCCCCCCUACAUGUAAGCAUAGCAUUGGGGUGCUGAGCACCAACUCCUGGAGCUGUGUUGCUUUGGUGGCGCAAUUGAAUUGCAGGGUUUGCACCCACGCAUGCCUGCAUUGUUUUCUAGUUUAUUUUUUUCCUGCGGAUUUGGAAGAAAACGCCCCAAAUUUCUGUAGGCUUUUGAGCAGCUCCAAAGCUGUUUGUGAUGUUUUUCGGGUUUUUUUUUUUUGACAACAAGAAGGGCUUCUCCUUUAUAUAUAAUAUUCCUCAGUGAUUACAUUAAUGCAUGCUUUGCUAAGGUCAGCAAAUACAACGCUUGAUGCUAAUUGCACUUUUCCCUGUUUGUGAUUUGGGGUUUUUUUUUGGAGGGGGGAGUUGCACUGGAGGGCAUGGUGUGGUGUAUGCUGCAGAGACACAAAGUUUGCAAAGGAGAUGGAGGUGUGUUUUAUUUCUGAGCUUUGUUUUGGUCAGCCUGUUGGGUGUGCAGAGCAAGAUUUGCCCAAAAUAUUGGGGGAAACAGGAAAAAAAGAGGAAAAAUAGGGCAGAAAAAAAGGCUUCUUAUGAUGUGCUGGGAUGUAUGUUGGCAAAGCAGCUCUACGUGGGGGAGAAAUGAAGGCAGCUGGGGACUCAAAUUUGUUGUCAUCUUCAGCUCUGAUUUUGGGAAUGCUCUUAUGUUAAAAAAAAAAAAAAAAAAAGCAAAAACAUUUUCUGCUUUGUGGUUUUUUUUUUUUAAUGUCUUUUUAAGCAUCAUAAUUCUGAUUUUCACUUUUUUUUUUUUUUUUUUUUUUUGUUUGGAGAUUUUUUUUGGGGGUUGUUUUUUGUGUUGCAUUUGCACUUCUCAUGGUGUGUGGUGGCCAAGGAAUGAAUUUUCCGGUUGAUCAGAGAUACUGAAAAGCAAAAUAAAAAGGAAAUUGGGAACAGCACAGUGCUGAGGCUGUGGGUUCUGCCUGGAAACACAGCAGCGGGAUGUGUACCCCCAAAAGAGCCACUCUGCAGCAGAAAUGCAAACAUUUUUCCCAUCUUUUUCCCAUCCACCAAAGCCUUUUGGUAACAGUGAGCUGAUAAGAAAAGGGAAAAGAGUGUUGAAUUCUGAAUUUUCAUUUGGUUGAAUUUUGGGUGCAGAAAACCUCAGAGUGAUAAUCUGGGGGAUAAAAUGCCUCUUUCUGCCUUGUUUCACCCACAAUACUCACUCAACAUCCCUUUCUGGCUGUCAUCACUAAUGCUUGGUGCCAAGAUCCCAGAUUUGAGUACUUGGAAAGCACAGGGCAACUCUUCCCUGUUGCACUCAUUCCUAAAUGGAAGUUUUAGAAUCGCUUAGAGGCCCUUCUGUCUCUCCACCUCACUCUGGAAGUGUGAGGAUUUCUACAUGUGGCCUUUAAGUGCAUGGGCCCAACUGGUUCUCAAAGUGCAGCUGAGACAGGCACCUCCAUGUUAUAUCCAACGCUACAUAUUUUCUUAGACCCAACUGGUGCUUAAAGCAAACUCUGCUUGCGCCUACUGUUGAGAUCCCCAUCUGACAUUGUAUUAUAACGUUAAUAUUUUAACACGAGAUGUGGGUGAUGCUCUCCAUGAAAAUACUCCCGGUUUUCCAACUUCCACCUCUAUUUUUCGGGGUGGAGCAAAGCUCAGUUUCCCAAAGGCAGCCCAGAGGUGGUAGUGGGAACGCAGGCAUGCGUCCCACGGGCAGGAGGAAGCAAUAAGGAGGUGGAUGAGGAAGCAGCGGCGGAUCCUUAUUGCUGCCUACACCCAUUUUUAUGGGUGAUUUAUGGGCUGGGGCUGGAGCACUGCCUGCUGCCGUUCUGUGUGUUUGCUCAGAGAGCUGCGUUUGGGAUCUCAAGGUCUGCACCUGGACAUCCUUUUGCCAGUGCUGUCACCUAGAACUCAAGCCAUGCACUGACCCAUUUGUAUUGGCAGGAAUUGGGAACCUGUGGGGUGGAGGCCCCCUUUUGCCUGCUUUUCUCCACGAAGGGCUUUGGGGCCGUGUCCUGGGCUGGCAGCCGCCCCACCAGCUGGGACCUGUCGCUCGGGCACAGAACUAAAAAUACCGAGGCUGGGUGCCAGUGCCCGGAGGAGGAUGCUGCCUUUAGCAGCUGGCCCUGCGUUUGUGGCUUUAUUUAGAUCCAUCUUUAUUUAUUUCCCCCGGUUGGGAGGGAGACGGGGCUGGCACAUUCGAGUGGCUUUAAAUCCAUUUUUCUGAGAUAUCAUCCCAAUAUUACACUGGGUUUCUCCUCUUGUCCUAUCCUAUCUGGAUGUAUUUUCUCAGCAAGAUGCCUUAUUGAGAGCAUGGGUAGGAGCAGCGCUGUAAUUUCAUCUUACAGAGAUGCAAUUAAACUUCAUGGUUGGGCUGGAGCCCAAUGAUAGCAAUGGGAAAAUAACCGUCCGUGGGACACAUGGGCUGAUGGGAGCUUAUGUCAACUGUCAAAACAGUAACUGACCUUAUAGUGGGAUCAGACCUGGGCUGAGCAUCACAUUGCCAUCCUCCUCCCUGAAAGCAAGAAGCAUUCGUGUGCUGGACCCAGGAUACAAGCAGAGCUGUUCCCGGAGCAUCUUUUUCUGGUGUCCAGGAAAGGCUCAGGGAAGGGCCCAGGUGGAGAGUGUGGACCCCCUGUGCCAUGGCUUCAUCCCAGCUGCCCCCCUGCCCCACAGUAGGUACUGUCCUUGCUUCGCAGCCCCCCAGCGAGCUUCCCCCUGGUGAGGAGGACCUGGGUGAAGCCUUUGACUUCGAGGACAGUGACGAGGAGGAGGACGAAGAUUCAGCCACUGAGCCAAGCAGGGGUGCAGUGCUUCAGGCCCCUCCUCGCAGGCACCGUGCCACCAGCUGCAGCACCGAGGGGCUGGUGCCGGAUACCCAGGAAGGGCUGCCAGAGCGGGUGAGCAAUGGGGAAGCCUGUGAGGAUCCCCAUGACAUCAAAACCCAGACGUGGAAGAGGAAAAGCGGCCAGCAGGGUGAUCGCUUUGAGUUCACGGCGGCAGAGGACGAUGUGAUUUAUGACGACGUCCCCUGUGAGAACCUCGACGCCAACCAGGAUGGGCGCAGCCUGAUCUACGAGGACGUGCAGCGCGGUGAGGAGCUGGGCUGGAGCUCCAGCGAGUUUGAGAGCUACAGCGAGGAGUCGGGUGAGGAGAGCAAGCCAGAGGCUGAGCCAGCCAAGCACCGGGCCGCCUUCCAGCCCAAGCUUUCUCCAGACCUGAAUAGACUAAAGGAGACAUACGCCAGGACUAAGAGGGACAUCCUGGCUUUAAGAGUUGGGGGGAAAGACAUGCAGGAGCUGAAGCAGAAGUAUGAUUGGAAGAUGACUCAACUGAUGAAGGCGGCCAAAAGUGGCACCAAGGAUGGGCUGGAGAAGACCAAGAUUGCAGUGAUGAGGAAGGUGACCUUCCUGCACCGUAAGGAAGUGCCAGGGGAUGGGGAGCGUAGGAGAAGGGUGAAGGAGGCGGAAAAGCUACCACCCACUCCUGGCAUCUCAAGGGGCUCACUGGAGCAUUGCGGACGAGGAGAUUCAGAGGAGGAGGACACAGGUUUCCUGGAGGUCACCGUCUCCGACGUGAAGCACCCACCGCCCGAACUUGGCCCCAUGCCCACAGGGCUCAGCCCCCAGCAGGUGGUGCGGCGACACAUCCUGAGCUCCAUCGUGCAGAGUGAGCGCAGCUAUGUGGAAUCCCUGAAGCGCAUCCUGCAGGAUUACAGGAACCCGCUGAUGGAGAUGGAGCCCAAAGUGCUGAGCGCCAGGAAAUGCCAGGUGGUGUUUUUCCGCCUGAAGGAGAUUCUGCAGUGCCACUCCAUGUUCCAGAUCGCCCUCUCCUCCCGUGUGGCUGAGUGGGACUCUGCUGAGAAGAUUGGGGACCUCUUUGUGGCCUCGUUCUCCAAGUCAAUGGUGCUGGAUGUCUACAGUGACUAUGUCAACAACUUCACCACUGCCAUGUCCCUUAUCAAGAAGGCUUGUCUCACCAAACCUGCCUUCCUUGACUUCCUUAAGAAGCGGCAGAUGGCCAGCACCGAUCGCGUGACGCUUUAUGGGCUGAUGGUGAAACCUAUCCAGAGGUUCCCCCAGUUCAUCCUUCUCCUACAGGACAUGCUGAAGAACACCCCCAAGGGCCAUGCGGACCGCCUGUCCCUCCAGCUGGCUCUCACUGAGCUGGAGACAUUGGCUGAGAAGCUCAAUGAGCAGAAACGUGUGGCUGACCAGGUGGCUGAGAUCCAGCAGCUCAGCAAAAGCAUCAGUGACCGCAGCAGCCUCAGUAAGCUGCUGAACUCAGGGCAGCGGCAGCUCCUGCUCUGUGAGACGCUGACAGAGACGGUGUACGGCGACCGGGGGCAGCUCAUCAAGUCCAAGGAGCGGAAGGUUUUCCUCCUCAGUGACAUGUUGGUCUGUGCCAACAUCAACUUCAAGCCAGUGAACCCAAGAGGCCAGCUGGAAAUUAGUAGCCUGGUACCACUGGGCCCCAAAUAUGUGGUGAAGUGGAGCACGGCCCUCCCGCAGGUGCAGGUGGUGGAAGUGGGGCAGGAGAGCAGUGCCUACGACAAGGACAAUGUGGUCAUCCACAACGCUGGUGCCAAGAAGCAUGCACCCACUGGGCCGGCCUCGCACAAUAAAGUCUACCUGGGGCCACCGCGGCUUUUCCAGGAGCUGCAGGACCUACAGAAGGACCUGGCAGUGGUGGAACAGAUCACCUUGCUCAUCAGCACGCUGCAUGGCACCUACCAGAACCUGAACAUGACAGUGGCCCAAGACUGGUGCUUGGCCCUGCAGAGGAUGAUGAAGGUGAAGGAGGAAGAGAUCCACUCUGCCAACAAGUGUCGCCUCCGUCUCCUGCUGCCUGGCAAGCCGGACAAGUCUGGCCGCCCCAUCAGUGUCAUGGUGGUCUUCAUCACUCCAAAUCCUCUGAGCAAGAUCUCCUGGGUCAAUUGCCUUCACCUGGCCAAGAUUGGGCUGCGGGAGGAGAACCAGCCGGGCUGGCUCUGUCCCGAUGAAGACAAGAAGAGCAAAGCUCCCUUCUGGUGCCCCAUUCUUUCCUGCCACAUGCCUGCCUUUUCCUCCAAAGCCCUCGAUCUGCAGCUCAGCGCUGCAGUGCACAACCCUGUGCAAUCCUCACUGUUGGGUUUCUCUGCUGUCAGCACCUCAUUGCCGCAGGGCUACCUCUGGGUUGGGGGUGGCCAGGCAGGUGCAGGGGGACAAGUGGAGAUCUUCUCCCUCAAUCGCUCAGUGCCACGGACGGUAAAAUCCUUCCCAGUGGCAUCGCCAGUGCUGUGUAUGGAGUACAUCCCCGAGGCAGCUGAGGGGGACACAGAGGGGACUGAAGAGCCCCGGGCAGGUGCUGAGCAGCCCUCUGCAACUCUGCAUCCCACUGUUUGCUUGGGACUGAGGGACGGCAGCAUCGCAGUGUACAGCAGCGUGGACACGGGGACGCAGUGCCUGCUGACCUGCAAGAGCCCUGGCAUGCAGCCAGUCCUCUGCCUGAAGCACAGCUCUGAGCACCUGUUUGCAGGGCUGCAGGAUGGGACAGUGGCCGCAUACCCGAGGAACAAUGUGGGGCUGUGGGACCUGACUGAGCAGCCUACCUGCCUGCCUGUGGGCACCAGCCCUGUGCGAGCGCUCUUGAUGCUGGAUGAGACCCUAUGGGCCAGCUGUGCCAACCAGGUCACCGUCCUUGAUGCCUCCACCCUCUGUGCUCAGCAAACCUUUGAGGCUCAUCCGGACACAGAGGCCAGCGUGACACACAUGAUCAAGGCAGGCAGUGGUGUCUGGAUGGCGUUUUCCUCUGGUUCCUCUAUUCGCCUCUUCCACACCGAGACACUGGAGCACCUGCAGGAGAUCAACAUUGCUACCAGGACUACCUUUGUCCUCCCAGGGCAAAGACACGUCCGUGUCACCAGCCUGCUCAUCUGUCAGGGCUUGCUGUGGGUUGGCACCGACCAGGGCAUCAUUGUUCUGCUGCCUGUGCCCCGAUUGGAGGGCAUCCCCAAAAUCACUGGAAAAGGCAUGGUGUCCCUCAAUGGGCACGGUGGCCCCGUGGACUUCUUGGCCGUGGCACUGAGCACGUUGGCCCCCGAUGUGCUGAAAGGAGACCAAGAGGAAGAAGAAGGUGGGGAAGAGAAACCCCCAGAGCUGGAUGGACCCCCACCGCGGGAAAUGAGGAAAAAAGGGAUCCUGUUGCAGUACCGCCUCCGUUCCACCUCCCACCUCCCUGGGCAGCUGCUGUCAGUGCGGGAUGCUCCGGUUGGGACUGUGACCCCAGAGCACACGGAAGAAGAUGGCUCCAUCUACGAGAUGGCCGAUGACCCCGAUGUGUGGGUCCGGAGCCGGCCCUGUGCCCGCGAUGCUCCCCGCAAGGAGAUCUCCUCUGUCGCCAUCAUUUCAGGGGGCAGAGGGUACCGUAACUUCAACUCUGAGCCGCAGCGCCGGGGCGGUGAUGCUGACAGCACCCUGCUCAUCUGGCAGCUCCCGCUGAUGCUAUAGCAGCCGGGGGAUGCCCGCGCGGCGCCUACCUCAAAGCCACCCUGCACGCUGCCAUGGGGCGGUCGCAUUGGUGAGUGCACCACCCCAUUAUUUUUUUUUUUUUAAAGGAGAAAUGAGGAAAAAAAUAACGAAAGGAAAAUCACCAUAAAAAUUGUCAUUUUUGACUCCCCUCCCUCCCCCCAAAAAAACACCCCAGUUUGCAUGCUGGGAGAGGGGAGUUUUUAAACAUGGAAAGCAAUGACCUCCUUGCAGGCUUUGGAGGCGCUGGGGCUGUGCUUGAAGGCAUUUGUGUGUCUGCGUGUGGAUAUCUAUAAAUAUAUAUAUAAAUAAGGUGUAUAUUAUGAGCUGUAUAAAGAAGGAAUCUGUAUAUAUUGGGGCACUUGGAGAUGCAGAAAUAAAGAAGAGGUGUGAGCACUCAUUGGAUACUGGCUGUGCUGAAACGGGGUUUUGCUGAAAUAGCCCUUUUUGACUAUGAAGUGAGGAUUUGGGGUUACAUAAUGCAGUGUUUUGGGAGCUGGUUUGGGGACUUCCGAUUGGAGCAUAAGAGCUGUUUCUGGAGUACAGGAAAUUUUGGGUGAAAUUCAGCCUGGAAAUAAAUCCCAUAGGAAUCA